AGUUAACGGUUAAAGUUGUAACUUUAAUUAGCUGAAAAUGAAAUUAAAUACGUGACAGUGCGAGUUUUGGGAAGAAUAUAUACAUUUUGUUGGUUUCCUGUAGGAAAAAUAAAUAAAAACGUCAGACCUUAGCGUCUGUUAAUCAGUACCUCGUGAUUUAGAACUGUUACUAAAGUCGAAUACUUAAUUUUGUUUGCUUCCUCAAAUGACCUUUGGCAGACUUUCAGCCAAAGAUGGUGUAACACAGGCAGGAGCGUGAACGUUAUUUUGUUGUCCAAGCUAAAGAUGAGGGGAAACUUUAAGAUAUUUUGUCUCAGUGGGCUUCUUAUUGUUUUCUCAUAUAACACAGCUGGUCAAACAUGCAGGGGACGCUGUGGAGAUGUACUGGAGAAGUGCUCCUGCCAUGCCACCUGUAUGUCUUUGACGAGCUGCUGUGCAGACUACAAUCAGUCCUGUUUCCAGGUGAUCCCUUAUUCCAGCUCCAUGCUGGGCGGAAAAGUGCUCAGGAUCCUCGGAUUGGACCUUCAUCCCCAUGGGCAGCUUCUCUGCAGGUUUAAAGGUGAAAUUUUACGUGAUGGAUUUAUUGAUAUUGAGGGCCGUGCAUACUGUAUUUCUCCUCUGUUGUAUGAGACGGGUUGGAUACCAUUUGAUGUCUCAACAGAUGGCAUUAAGUUUGACAGAUCUGCACAGUAUUUCUCAGUCCAUCCAAGUAUAGCAGAUCCUGCUUAUAAAGUUACCCUGGUGAAUGCAAUGCAGUGGCAAUACUACGGCACGCCGAAUGUGGCAGGACGACUUGAGUUCACUUGGAAUAGUUCUUUGAUCAGCGCAGAGAAGGUCAACAUAGAGCUGUGGGGUUACAGAGAGUUUAAAGCAAAAGAAGAGACAAAUGCAUCAGCCCUUCUAGAGGCAGAGCUGCGGUAUCUGUAUUCUCUUGGAAGAAAUCUGACCAACACUGGUGCCUUCAGCUUCAUCCCUGAGCCCAAAGAGGACUACUCUGACUGGGAGUUGGGCAAUAUCCGCAUUACUGCGAGUUCUAACAUAGAAGGAGCAAGUCCUAUCCAUGGAUCAGGGCAGCAGUGCUGCUAUGACAGCACAGGUGCUCUGGUGCUGACUGGAGACUCAGUUGGUGGAAGCACCCCAGACAGGGCUCACGACUGGGGCUCGCCACCCUACAUUAAACCCCCACGGGUGCCAGGGUAUUCCCACUGGCUUUAUGAUGUCAUGAGCUUCUAUUAUUGCUGCCUGUGGUCGGACCACUGCCAUAUAUACUUAAAACGUCGACCUUCAAGUGGGUGUCAAAACUACCGACCACCAAGAGCAGGUGUCGUCCUCGGGGAUCCACAUUUCAUAACGUUUGACGGUCUCAGGUACACUUUCAAUGGCAAAGGAGAAUAUUACCUUGUGUCGUCACCAGAAAAAGGCCUGAGUGUUCAGGCCAGAACAGAACAGGUGAAACUUAAGAACGGUACUUUGGCCAAAGCCACACGGCUGUCGUCAGUGGCUAUGAAACAGGAUGCAUCAGAUGUCAUUGAGGUGCGUGUAGCAGGGGCCCAUCUUCAGGUGCUGAGGAACCAAAACAUCCUACCAUUCACUGAACAGAGAUGGAUGGACCUGCAUGGAGUGUAUGUGUUCAGCCCCAGUCCUGGGAAUGUGACUGUAAUCUUUUCCUCCGGUGUCGGCGUGGAGGUUCGUCUGUAUGAAGGAACCAUGGCAGUGACCGUGCUGCUUCCAGGAGAGUUUUACAACCACACCCAGGGUCUCCUUGGCUCAAUGAACUCUGACCUGUCAGAUGAUCUGACCAUCCAACUCGGAGAAGUCAUCUCCUCAGCUGAUGCCACGUUGGAAGAAAUCUUUACCUUUGGAGCCAGCUGGAACAUUUCAAAGAAUUCCUCCCUUUUCACAUAUGAUUCAGAGCACCUUUUGGAUAUGUAUAAUAUCCCACCGAGCCAUGACCCCACUUUUGUUCCAGCUUUUUCUCUACCCGAGAGCCUUGAUGACCCUUUGGUGGCAGACAUGUUGACGAUGUGUUAUGGAGAAGGUUCACAGUUUUGUAAAUAUGAUACCCUGACGACUCGGGACCUCACAGUGGGAAAUGCCACACUCAAGGCCUACCAGAAACACCAAGCCCUACUGCACGCCCUGAAACCAGUGGUGUCUUGUGGCUGGCUUCCCACACCAAGGAAUGGGAGGAAGAAUGGGACUGAUUACCUGGAGGGGAGCACUCUAAGCUUCGCCUGCAACAAAGGCUACAUAAUGUAUGGAUCUGCAGAGCGCACCUGUCUGGGUGAUGGGACCUGGGCAGGAGAUCAGCCCUUCUGUAUUACAGACGAUAAAGUGGGCUUUAUUCUCGGUGCUGUUGGUUCCCUCUUAGCACUCGUCACUGUGGGAAUAAUAAUCAGUCUACAAAACAGGAAACAAAAAAGAGAAAGGAAAGACAAACCAAUCCAGAUGGUGAACCAACAGCAGCCUUGCUAAACUCUCAAAGUCCUUUUGAAUUAUGGAUCAACAAUAUCAGCAAUGGCCACAAAUAUGUUCAGAGCUGAGCAUUUGGAAACCAACACACACAGUCGCACUACAGAAUAGGACGGCGCUCUUCUCUUGACCUGUUGACCUUAUCAAGAAAACCUCAGGGGUUAGGCUUUCAGUCUGUUGUUUGGCCUCGUGUUUUUCUUCUUGUUUAGGUUGGAAAACCUCCAGGUUGUGGUAAAUGGUGCAUGGGGUGACGAUUGAGGGAACUGAAGAAAAGGAAAAAUGCCAUGAUUGUUUUUAUAUCCCAGUUUUGCAUGACUGAACGCCCGAUCUUUGCUAGAGAGAGAGAACUGUGUAAAUACUACAUGGACAUAUCAUCAUUACAAUCAACACUCCCUUCUCCCGUUCAGUUUAAAAUAGGACCAGAUGUGUUCAGACUCAUGUCAAAUGUGAAGUGAACCUGACCAGUUUUUGGUUGAAAAACUUUGAACUCUGUUCAGCCUACGUGUGGGCUCGUAGCCUUCAGUCAAACGAAGGGCUUUGCUGAGUGACUGAGCCAGAGAAAUCCGCAAAUGUUACAUAAAGGUCAACUUUUUGCACUCUGUCAACACUUGCUUUCUGAAUCUUUGUGUACACGGAAGACAUUUGCCUUCAAUGCUUUAAGAAGCUCUGUGAAUUGUGGUUAAUGUUUUUGAAAUGUUGCCUUUAAACUAAACUAAAACCUUACCAUAUUUUAACCGUAAAGUGAAAAUAAUGCAAAGAAAGAAGCUUAUUUUUAUGCCAAAUCCUUUAAUGUGAACUUCUCCCACUGGAAAUCUUUGAACUACAUUAUAUAUCUGUAUUUGAAAACAAUGAUCGAUUAUCUAUAACUCACAUAAAAAAUCAAUAAAUCUAAUGUUGUCCCAUG